CGCCCUCGCCGAGAACAGACAAUCAUGACCACCGCACCGCGCACCGCAUGAGCGACGAAUGAUUCGAAAAGAACGCUCCGACGAUCGCGUCGACGCCGAACGCCGCGCGCGCGCGUCCACGGUGCAGUCCAGGCUCGCGCGUCGCGAAUUCACCUCCGCGUCUGGUGCCAAGCCCGAACAAAUCUUCCGGUCGAUCCCACCGCGGCUGACGAUCCCGAUCGAGCGCGUCAUCGACGACGCUCGCAAGAUGCUCUCGUGCGUCCUGCUCGGCUUCACCGCGGACGGCGAUCAUCUGGUGAGUUACAGCGCGGAGGGAGGAGAGAAUUUCAGCUUCGAGCUGCAAAUUUGGAAAUUUCAACCGGGGGCGCGCGCGCGCUUGCUCGCGACGACGCCGCUGUUCGAGAGCGAUAUGGGCGAUUUCGGACGCGGAAUGCGCGGGUUGUCCGAAGAUUUCGGUGGGGCUUUCGCGGAUGCGCCGACGGAGGCGAACGUGCGGGUACACGUGUGCGAGAGUUGGGACCGUUCGACGCUGGUGGUGCACGGGGAGGCGCGCAGGCACGGAGGAGAGGAUGGAGAUGGACGAGGACGAAUCGCGAAGAAGUGCUGCGUGACGGUACUGCCGUCGCCGGCGAGCGUGAAGCCGGGGACGGCGAUCGCGGCGACGCACAUGAGUUACGUGAGCGCCGCGCUGUCGCCGUUUCAUCCGAGUUGGAGCGGCGUGACGCCGGCGGCGACGCCGCAAGAUGAUGCGCUCGAGCUUGGAGACGAAGGAGAAGAUACGUGCAUCGGUGAUCCAUACGCGUUUAACGCGAAUGAGAUGAGUCCGAGGCGUAAGUUGAGAAAAUCGGACGCUGUGAUGAGAGAUUUAGUUGACGGUGGCAAGUUCGCGCUCAACACCGCAGACGCACUCCUGACGGUGGACAUCGCGACGGCGACGUUGAAUCCGCGAGACGCUCACGAUCGAUCUCUCAUGGAGGUUCAAUUGCAAGGCAGUAUUGGAUCACUCGUUUCCGUGAUUCCAGCGUGUCAUUCGCCGUUGGUGAAAUGGCAUGGAAGUGACGCGAGCGAUUUGAGCGUUGGCAAUGAAGACGUGUACGUGGAAGAUCAAGGCGUGCUUGGUGAUACUGCACCGUACGUUUACGUCUCAGCACUUCCCAGAUCAGUGCGUGUGUGCAUCAUCACGCCUUGGAUCGCGCUCGAAAUGAGUAAAGUCUUGAACUCUUCCUUGCGAGCGGCUUUAGACUUUGGAUUUACUUUGCGCGAUUAUGAACUGUUUCCUCUCCAGUACAUUGUCAGCCCAAAGAGUGGUGAAGAGCCCAGCAUGCUCGUUGCGAGUUUGAGUGUUCUCGCGCCGAGUUCAUGGAGUCAUCAGCCUACUUGUCCCGGCCGUAUGCGCGUCGUGGUGACCAUCAUAGAUCGCCAACUCGAUCGCACGCUGAGCAGUGGUGGCCACGUGGUGUACAGUCAUGAGCUCCCGGUGCACACCGAAGGGAAGCAACCGACGGAGACGCUCCUGCACGCCGCUCGUGUGCAUGUGAUGCAAAUGCGCAAGACUUGUUUGAUUCCCACCGCCAGAUGGACGCGAAAUGCGUCGACAAUGACGAAUACAAACGUCGUCAUGACUGGGCGGUCCGCCUCCACGAUAAAACACCCAACGCUGCCCAUUUGCAUCGUUGGCUAUGGCAUUCGCUCAACGCAAGAUUGAUGAAAACGCAGGAUUGAUGAAAUGUAUGAUACGAUUUGACUAUGUAGUUCUACGCUGUAAUACAAC